UGAAGUCUUGCACGGUCUUCUUCCGUAAGGACAGAAGCACCACCAAACAGAAUACCCCAUCCCUGAGCUUCAUAACACGGCUUGGAACGUGAGUGGGCUACUGUUAUGUGCAGAACAGAUAAACAGGAAACACCUGAUGUGGCCAAAGCUCAGGAAUUGCGACUUUGUGUACUUGCACUGAUCGGUAUUAGAUCCAGCCCAAGUAAGCUGGCAGACUCGCAGACCACUUCAAACAGGGACUGUGUCAAUUCUUUGUGGCUCACGCAGCUUUGUAUAUCAUCAGUUCAUAAAAUCUGCGCGGAUAAGCCUAAUGUGCAAAUCCUGGCUGGUACCGACACGCCGCGACACGUCAAACCUGGCUCGGUUCAUUUUUUUUCUGAAGUUCGGUUUGUUUAUUUGGUGCAAGCUUCCUUUUCAAGCUUUCUUUGCCUCACUUCCUUUGAGUUACAAAACCUCUUUGCUUGAAAGGUGACGCUAGUGUAUGGGAAUACUUCUGUUCUAUUUAAUCGGACAAGGUUUUUAUUUGCUAAAAAAGAAAAUGGACAAGAACAGUUAUGCUCCCGUGGCCCCAGGGGGUGCCUCCUCGCUCGCCAACUCUGGACCUUUGUCGAUCGCCUGUUACUGCAUGGCUUCGAUUUUAAUGACUGUUACCAACAAGUAUGUUCUUUCAGGUUACUCGUUCAACUUGAACUUUCUUCUUUUGGCAGUGCAAUCCACUGUGUGUAUUGUCACCAUCGCCACUUUGAAGGGCCUUAACGUCAUCACCUACAGACAGUUUAACAAGGAGGAGGCUAGAAAAUGGAUGCCUAUUGCCCUUUUGUUGGUUGCCAUGAUCUAUACUGGCUCCAAGGCAUUGGCGUACUUGUCCAUUCCAGUCUACACGAUUUUCAAAAACUUGACCAUUAUUUUGAUUGCCUACGGCGAAGUUUUGUGGUUCGGCGGUAAAGUCACUUCCAUGACGUUGGGCUCUUUUCUCUUGAUGGUUUUUUCGUCUGUGCUUGCUACAUACGGUGAUAGCAGUGCCAACAAGUCUGCUGAGGACAUUUACACCAUGUACUUGGGUUACUUUUGGAUGUUGGUCAACUGUUUUGCCUCUGCUGCUUUUGUUUUGUUCAUGAGGAUCAGAAUCAAGUUGACCAACUUUAAGGACUUCGACACCAUGUACUACAAUAACUUGUUGUCUAUUCCAGUGUUGUUGGUUGCCACCUUCUUGUUUGAGGACUGGUCUGCCGAGAACCUCGCCUUGAACUUUCCGGCUGAAAACAGAACUGCCACCUUACUCGCCAUGGUUUUCUCCGGUGCCUCUUCUGUUGGUAUCUCCUAUUGUUCUGCCUGGUGUGUGAGAGUCACCUCUUCGACCACUUACUCUAUGGUUGGUGCUUUGAACAAAUUGCCAAUUGCCUUGUCUGGUUUGAUUUUCUUCGAUGCUGCCGUCAACUUCUGGUCCGUCUCCUCCAUUUUUAUUGGAUUUAUUUCGGGAUUGGUUUACGCUGUUGCAAAGCAAAAGCAACUGAGGGAGAAUGCUCAGCAAUUGCCCUCCGCCAAAUAGAAAUUUUGAAGUUAAUCUGCGGCAUUCAUAUCACUGAUUGUCAGUCUGGUGAUCGUUUUAUUUAAACUCAGGAUGUUAAUAGAGUUUCACUAGAAUACAUUCUUUUCUACACCGAAGAACAAUUCCUCGCGGAUCUGUUUGUCGCACUUAAUAAUUACACUGUGAAUUCGAAUCUUCGAGCCACUCAAAUAUCCUUCUUGUAUUUAAUCUACAAUUUUGCCUCGUCACUUUUUUGAUACAGCUUUCAUUUUGGUA